AUUCAGGUGCUCUGUUUUUUUAUGCCUUGCAGCCAAUCAACUCAACUGAAACUCUACAAACAUAUUUUUGUUUAGUCUACAUCGAAAUUUCAAAAAUUCCGUUUUUAUUCACAAAUGUUGAUAGACAGAAAGGCCCCUUUAAACAUGUCAUGAUUACUGUAGAGACAUCAUUUGAUGAAACUCUAGCUCUUGCAGUUGCUUAGAAGAAGAUGAAACAGAACAGUAGCAAAGUACAAUUUGCAUCAUGUCAAGCAAAGUAAUUACCUCAUUCCUCUUGUUUAUUGGCAUAUGCCUAUCUCCCACAAUCCGUGCUUUAAACCAAGAAGGCCUAUCUCUUCUAUCAUGGCUAUCAACCUUCAAUUCUUCAUCUUCUGCAAGUUUCUUCUUUUCGUGGGAUCCGACAGACCAAAAUCCUUGCAAAUGGGAUCACAUUAAAUGUACAAACGAUGGAUUCAUUUCGGAAAUUAUAGUCACUUCUAUCAGUCUUCACACUACAUUUCCAACUCAGUUCCUUUCCUUCAACUAUCUUACAGUACUUGUUAUCUCUAAUGGCAACCUCACCGGUGAAAUUCCACGGUCGAUCGGAAACUUGUCAUCGCUGAUCACUUUGGAUCUCAGUUUCAAUUCUCUGACAGGGAGCAUACCACCUGAAAUUGGAAAACUAUCAGAAUUGCAGCUAUUAUCAUUGAACUCAAACUCCUUGCAUGGAGGAAUUCCAAAAGAAAUAGGAAACUGCACACAACUGCAGCAGCUUGAACUCUUUGAUAAUCAGCUCAACGGAAAAAUUCCUCCAGAAAUUGGCCGGUUAAGGGCUCUGGAGAUCUUUCGUGCUGGGGGAAACAUAGGACUCCAUGGAGAAAUUCCAACUGAGAUAUCACACUGCACAAGUCUAGUUCUUUUGGGACUUGCAGAUACUGGGAUUACGGGUCAGUUUCCUCGUACUUUAGGAAAACUGAAGAACCUCAAGACUCUUUCAGUCUACACAGCAAAUCUCACAGGUGAGAUCCCAGCGGAACUCGGUAACUGCUCAGCAUUAGAAAAUUUGUUCAUGUAUGAAAAUCAAAUAACUGGCGGAAUUCCGCUUGAGUUAGGUUCCCUUAAGAAUCUGAAAAGGAUUUUGCUGUGGCAGAACAAUCUGAGAGGAACAAUUCCAGAAUCUCUUGGUAACCUUACAAGUUUGAAAGUGAUAGAUUUUUCGUUGAAUUUUCUAACUGGAAAACUUCCUCUAUCUCUACAAUGUAUAGGCACACUGGAGGAAUUACUUUUGUCCGAUAACUGUAUUACAGGCGAGAUACCACAGUAUAUUGGAAAUUUCUCCAACUUGAGACAACUUGAGUUGGACAACAACAAUAUUUCUGGAGAGAUUCCAUCCGAAAUCGGGAAACUAAAAGAGCUCUCUCUUUUCUUUGCCUGGCAGAAUCAACUAGAUGGAAAGAUACCAACUGAGCUAUCAAAUUGCCGGAAAAUUCAAGCUUUGGAUCUAUCUCACAAUUCACUCACUGGACCACUUCCAAAGUCUCUGUUUAAUCUCAGGAAUUUAACUAAGAUUCUAUUGAUUUCAAAUCAACUUUCAGGUCAAAUUCCACCUGAUAUUGGCAAUUGCACCAGCUUAACCCGGUUACGGCUGGGAUCAAACCUGUUUGAUGGUCAAAUUCCAUCAGAAAUCGGACAGUUGAAGACUUUGAGUUUCCUUGAACUGUCUGGAAAUCAAUUCUCAGGAGCAAUUCCCCCAGAUCUUGGUAACUGCACACAACUGGAAAUGGUUGAUCUGCACGGAAACAAGCUUCAAGGAGAGAUUCCAGAGUCUUUCGUGUCUCUGACUGAUCUUAAUGUGUUAGAUCUUUCCAUGAAUAAUAUAUCAGGCAGUAUACCAGAAUAUAUAGGAAAGCUCACAUCACUUAACAAACUUGUGCUGAGUAGAAACUACAUCUCUGGUUCGAUUCCUCGAUCACUUGGCCUUUGCAAGGAUUUGCAGUUGCUGGAUUUGAGUAGCAACAGACUCAGUGGUUCAAUCCCAGAUGCUAUUUGUCACCUAAAAGAAUUGGACAUACUAUUAAAUUUAAGCUCAAAUUCUUUAACGGGACAAAUCCCAGAAGGCUUUUCAAAUUUCUCAAAUCUUGCCAACAUGGACAUAUCCCAUAAUAUGUUGACAGGAAGCCUGCAAGUUCUCAGCAACCUAGAAAAUCUUGUUUCUUUGAAUGUGUCCUAUAACAAUUUUUCAGGUUCUCUUCCCAACACCAAAUUUUUUCGGGAUCUUCCUAAUAGCGCAUUUGCUGGUAAUCCAGAACUUUGCUUUGCUAGGAACAAAUGCAAUGUCAGCAAACACCUUCAUAGCCAAAAAUUUGUCAAAAUUCUCACUAUCAUUGUUGUCCUCCUUGUCAUCAUGACUUCUUUAACUAUGACAGCAGGAACAAUCUUAUUUAUCAAAGCACGCGAUGCAACAUUCAGGAAGAAUGAUGAAGAAAAUCACCUCGAGUGGGAUUUAACUCCAUUCCAAAAGAUUAAUUUCUCAGUAAAUGAUGUGGUAACCAAACUAUCAGAUUCUAACAUUGUGGGAAGAGGCUGCUCUGGUAUUGUUUAUCGUGUUGAGACACCGACACAGCAAGUCAUUGCCGUCAAGAGACUAUGGCCAAGGAAAAGUGGUGAGAUUGCACAAAAAGACCAAUUUUCAGCAGAAGUUACAGUACUGGGAUCGAUUAGACAUAAAAAUAUAGUACGACUUCUAGGUUGUUGUGACAAUGGGAAAAAUAGAUUGCUCUUAUUUGAUUACAUCAGUAAUGGGAGUUUAGCAGGACUUCUCCAUGAGAAGAAGACAUUCUUGGACUGGGAUGCAAGGUAUAAACUUCUACUGGGAGCAGCUAAAGGUCUAGAUUAUCUUCAUCAUGACUGUAUCCCUCCAAUUGUCCAUCGAGAUAUCAAGUCCAACAACAUUUUAGUCGGUCCAAAUUUCGAAGCUUUUCUUGCAGAUUUUGGACUUGCAAGGCUUGUAAAUUCUUCAGGCUCUUCAAGCGCUUCCAACAUAGUAGCAGGAUCAUUGGGAUACAUUGCUCCUGAAUGUGGAUACAGUCUGAAGAUUACAGAGAAGAGUGAUGUAUACAGCUACGGCAUUGUGCUCCUAGAGAUCCUAACAGGGAUGGAACCAACCGAUCCCCGGAUUCCAGAUGGUGCGCACAUUGUUAUGUGGGUUAAUGAAGAAUUGAGAACAAAACACAAAAAGUUGACCUCAAUUGUUGAUCUACAAUUACUUCACCGAUCAAGUACACAAACUGAAGAGAUGAUUCAAGUGCUUGGUGUGGCUCUACUUUGUGUAAACCCUUCUCCGGAAGAACGACCCACAAUGAGGGAUGUAACUGCAAUGCUGGAAGGUAUAAGACAUGAAAAUGAGGAGCUCGAGAAACCUAACCAUCUUAGGAAGGAAAUGGUCUCAAACCCAAGAGCAGCAGCUCAAUGUUCAAGUUUUUCUAGGUCAUCUGAUCCUCUAAUCAGAUCACCACCUCAUUCCCAGUAGUUAGUUCCUUUUCUACCUAAUUCUUUAAUUAAGUAGAUUCUUUGCUAGCAAGAAUUACAUUUUUAGAUCUCUAGUAAAAAUUAAUGAUUGGACAUCAUGUUCAUUUACUUUGACAUCAGAAUUCUUCUUCAAUAUUUGAAGAGAAAAAUCAUGGGCUCAAA